AUGCUUGAUGGAUAUUUUCUAGCGAGCAACGUCUCCAGGCCCAUCUACGACCCCAUAAGAGACGGCGCGGGUUACAGAUCAGGCACGAGAAUAGCACGUGUCCAGGUUCUUAUUGCCCUUUUCUUAGGGCUCUCUGCGUUUCUUAUCUUCUGUGUGCUCCGCAAGAGGUACCCGAGAAUAUAUGUGGCCAACUUCAACAACAUCAACAGAAACUACCUCCAUAGCCAUCUGCGGCGCAACUUGCCGCCGCUUUCGCAAAAAUCGCUUUUCGGCUGGGUCCCAGUAGUGUUCAAGAUUAGUGAAAGCCAGGUGCUUGAGCACGCUGGUCUAGAUGCUGUGGUGUUUCUUGGGUUCUUCAAAAUGUGUAUCACAGCUUUAGCAAUCUGUGUGAUAUUUGCCGUUGCUAUAAUAUCACCCAUACGGUACAAGUAUACUGGACGUGUGGAUCUCCCGGACCCGGAUGAUGACGAUGAUGAUAACGGCUACAACAACUCUACCGUGCCAAAAGUGGCGACCCGCAAGCUUGGAUUUCUCCUUUUAGAAAAGUUGUUCAAAAACAAGGAUCCUGAUCACGAGCCCAUCGUGUGGAUGUAUACUGCGUUCACGUAUAUCUUCACGGGUCUACUUAUCUAUUUGCUCCACAAGCAGACAUUGAAGAUUAUUGAAAUGAGACAAAGCUAUUUGGGGAAACAGAAAUCCAUAACCGAUCGCACGAUUAAAGUCCUGGGAAUUCUGCCUCUGUUACGGGAGGAAGAGGCGCUCAAGCGUCACAUAAAUCUGCUAGGUGUUGGUGAGGUCGAGUCUGUGGUUGUUGUGAAGGAGUGGAAUGCUCUCAACUCCUUGUUUAAAAUGCGUAAAAAGGUGCUCAAUAAUCUCGAGGAGGCAUGGGUCAAAUAUUUCGGUGAUAAUGGUCUCAAGAACACCACGGACGUCAUGGCUUCCAGGAUUAGACCUCUGAUUGGAGAUCUGUUCAACCUUCACCAGUCGCUGGGCUCAGCGUUUGCAGAUGAAAUUCCAGACAGCUCAAGCACCAAUGGCGGUGUAGAGAGCUCUGCUGCCUCGGUGACUUCGUCCCCCUCAAUUAUUGACCAGAUUACUGAGCACAUCGAGGACCACAAUGCCUUAGAGGGCAGUGCAAGUCAAUUACCAUUAAUGAAUGAUGUUGCAGCAGAAAGACCAAAAAUGAGAAAGGGAUGGCUUGGUAUUUUUGGGCCUGAAGUCGACUGUAUCACGUACUAUACUAAUCAACUCGAAAUCAUUGAUAAGGAGAUUAAACGUCACAGACUUCGGGAAUUCCCUCCAAGCUCCACCGCAUUCAUUACCAUGCGUUCUGUUGCUCAAGCCCAGAUGCUUGCACAGGCAGUACUUGAUCCCAAGGUGAACCACUUGAUCACGAGCUUGGCUCCCGCUCCCCAUGAUAUCAUUUGGGAGAAUCUUUGCUUAACACGUAAAGAGCGCAACUCAAGAAUUUUCUUUGUCAUGGUGUUUAUUGGUCUAAUUUCGGUUCUUUUGGUGUAUCCAGUCAAAUUCUUGUCCAACUUUUUGAAUGUCAAAACUAUUUCGAAAAUUUCACCCAGAUUAGGCGCUUUUUUGAAAGACCAUACGUGGGCUGAGUACCUAAUCACAGGUAUCCUUCCACCUUAUGUCUUUACCAUCUUUAAUAUCGUUAUGCCUUAUUUCUAUAUCUGGGUCACAAAAAGGCAGGGUUAUACUUCUCAUGGGGAUGAGGAGUUGUCGAUCGUUUCCAAGAACUUCUUCUACAUUUUUGUCAACUUAUUCCUUGUUUUCACGCUCUUUGGAACGGCGAUAAUUAGCGAUACUGCCCAGCUUGCUUAUCAGUUGGCGUACUCGCUUCAAAAGUUGAGUUUGUUUUACGUUGAUUUAAUCAUCCUUCAGGGUAUCGGUAUUUUCCCUUACAAAUUGCUUUUGCUAGGGAAUUUACUAAAGUAUCCAAUUGGAAACAUAUUUUGGUGCAAGACGCCCCGUGACUAUUUAAAUCUUUACAAGCCGCCUGUUUUUAAUUUUGGGUUGCAGUUGCCUCAACCUAUCCUUGUCUUAAUUAUAACCAUCACGUAUUCCGUGAUCUCGACCAAAAUUGUCACCGCAGGUCUAAUUUAUUUCAUUAUUGGGUACUUUGUUUUUAAAUACCAAUUACUUUAUGCUUGUGUUCAUCCUCCACACAACACGGGAAAAGUUUGGCCGUUAGUGGUGAGGAGAGUAAUCAUGGGACUUCUUAUAUUUCACAUGACGAUGUUUGGUACCCUUGCUUCACAGCAGGCAUUUGUGUGUGCCACAUUUUUGAUCCCGUUGCCUGUGUUCACCAUUGCAGUGCUUUGGAACUUCCAUAAACAUUAUAUCCCCUUAUCCUCAUUCAUAGCUCUUAGGGCGAUCGAAAACAAUCAAUUACCAUUUCAUGGCGACGAAGAAGAGGGGCUUGGUGAGGAGGAAGAUCUGGAAAGAGAGCAAACUCUUGAUGAGCGUCGAGAACUUCUGCAGACGUACGACUAUCCUCAUUUGGUCAAUGACCUUGAUGGUCCUAUAAUUGCAUUAGAAAACGACCAGGUUCUCAUGAUUGGCGACGAUGGGCAGACAGUUAAAAAGCCUAUUCCUGACAUUUAG